GUAUUGUACAGAAAGUAGGAUUUUGAAGUUGCUCUUCCACACAAGCUUUGUUGCUCCUCUGUUUCUUGUGACCAUGUGGAUUAGACCACUUACGAGGCGCUACUUCACCGAACAUACUUGGCCAGGAUACAGUCAUCCCAUCAUGACCUCCGAAAUGUUUGACAUCAUGCGAAUUAUACUCGUUUUGAGCGUUGGGUUAUUGCGGUUAGGCAUGAUGCCCUAUUACUUGCAGUCCUACCUGAACAUAGCAUAUGAAAAGAUCGAGUUGCAGAAAAAGGAAUCUGGUCGCAUUACAAACAAGGAUUUGCAAAAGAAGAUUGCAAGAGUAUUUUAUUACCUGUGCGUAGUCACUCUUCAGUAUGUCGCACCAAUUAUUCUCUGCGUGUUUUUGUCACUGAUGUUUAAAACUUUAGGUGGAUUAAGCUGGGGAGCACUCAUCGGAAGAGUCACAGAGGAGGGCGAGUGUGGUUUGACGCCAGGUGAGGAGGAGGAAACAAUUGCGACGAUACCCACUUUUCAAGAGGCUGAAUCUGUCAUAGAAGCUACGAAAAUCGUUUCGCUGGGUAUGGACGAGUUGAAAAAGGUAUUCAGUACAGAAUUCUACAGAGGUGUGUUUGGCUUUACAACUUGGUGGUGUGUCUUCUCCUGGUUUAUUUCUGGCACUUUUGGUGUGGCAUAUCAGUCAUAUUUCACCACAGGAUAAACGGUCUUACAUUAGGUACUGUUCCUGUAAGUGUUAAUAAAUAAACCUGAGUUUGCAUAUUGGAAAAGCUAAAAAUAGAUCUCGGGGUCGCAUUUGUUUGCGUUCAGAUGAAGUAUUUUGACUGUAGUUCUCAUUAUGUAGUGAUUAAAAAGGUUGUAAGAUUUGUUUUUAUUGCAGAGUAUUUUAACUGUACUAAUUCAGAAGUUGUAAUAGUAGUGGUAUGAGGAGUCAUACAAAUAGUAGGUAUUUAUUGUAAUAAUGCUGUGGUAGAUAUAUCCAUAGAUGAAAGGCUGGAUUGUUAAUCUUGUUUUUCUUUAUCUAACCCAAGGAGAACAAAAGACAAAAAGCACAAACACCCUCAGGGCUUCUGUUUGUUUGUAUGUUUUAGACUGCAGGUUCAGUACUUAUAAAUGGUGUUUUUCAUGAAGAAAGACAAUCUUAUUUGUUGAAUUUUUUUACUUGAAGGAAAUUCAUGUUCCUUUGUGGUGCUUUGUGAUGAAAUUUGUGUAUUUUUUUCAUAGAUUUCUUAAGGGUUCUCAAGCUAAAUAAAGUCACAAGAAAAAGGGGUGUGUACUCUAUUUUAUAAUACUGUAUAGCAAGUGCUUUUUUUUUUAGAUCAGUAAAUUCUGGUCCUCUUAAUUUUCACUCAGAAUAGUAAAGAAAUUAUUUUAAAAAGACAUGAAAGUUUGUAGGAGUUAUCGAGGUUUAUCCCUAAAGUACUGUGUUGUGCAAUAAGAUGGUAUUGUUGACCAAGCUAUUUCUGUUUAGCUUCUUUUUAUUAGUUCAUAUUUCAGAUCUGAAAAUGUCCAUGAUUACAUUGUGGAUAUCUGUACAUUAACUGUCUUUGUUAUUCAUGUUUGGACUUCCUUGAAUUGAUUGUUGAUGCUUGAAGUAUGAUUAAAUGUAAAUAUUUCAUCAAGGUGAGAAUUGGUAAAUUCAUCCUAAUUAGAAAGGAUAUUACAGUAUCAAUGUAUCCUGGCAUGUAGAUAUACAGUCUUCCUUGUUUGCAUGGAUUCUCAUUUGAAAGUGGCAACAUUAUGUUUCCCAGAUGAUGUAGUGUUUACGUGUAGUUUUAGAUACAGUAUCUGGUAAUUAUUGAGGGCAUUUCCAGUAGUAUUAAUACUCCAUGAUCACAGUUCAUUUUCUGAUGCACAGCUGCUCAUACAUCACACCUUGUCUCUGAAUUAGGUAGCAAGAACCAUCAUGGAGUAUGUUAUCAAACUUGCUGUGUUGCACAGUUGCAUCGAUGCAUUCUAGAAAUAGUAUACCAUGAUGAGAAGAUAGAGGAACUUACAGUAGAUAGCGGCAUGCUUAAUUUAGGUUCAAGGAUUACUGACUCCUCCUUUGCUGGUCUGAGUUCGUGAGGAUUAAGAUAUAGAGACUUUAGCCAAGGGAUUAGGCUCAAAAACAGACUUGGUCCAAAAGCUUGUUAGGAAAAAUUGACCACCACAUCUGAACCAAUAAUUACUUGUGUUCAUUAUUUUCCUGACUUUUACUAUGGCCUUUCACUUCCACCACCCGUUUGUGUAGAGGCUGACACUUCAUUGGAAAUCUACAGGGUGGUGAAGAUUUACUUGCAAAGACUUUAAGCUGCUAUCUCGUCCCAAGUUCAGGUCAUGAUGUCAAUCUUGCCCCCUUUCUCAUAUGAUUGUUAAACUUAACCAUCUUGUCUUUUGUACGUAAAUGAUGUUAUUUUAUGUUACUGUAUUCUUUACCUGCUUGAUAUUAUUGAUCUUGGUGGGAGAAGGUUUUAAUAAAGCCUAUGUUGAUGGGAUGAAUGUCAUAAAAAUAGAGAAAAUGCAACCACACAAUGCAGAACAGAGAAUUGCUACUGGAAUGCCCUCUCAAUAUGCACUACCAGUUAGUAAGUGUCAGCUAAUUAAAUAGAAUGUCUUGUGUAAACAGUGUAAGGCAGUCCACGGGUUAUGGCAGUCUGACUUUUUGGCGCUUGGCUCAUGGCACCACUAACCUGAUUUUACGGUGCUGUACCCGGUUUUACAGCGUCCUACCUGGUUUAGUGCGUUUUUCGGGUUAUGGCACGCCGGGAACGGAACCCCCGCUUUAAACCGGAGACUGCCUUACAAUCUAGUUAUUUUACAUAUGCUAUACUGCAUGGAAUAGUGUCAUGUUCAUCGAGAAUAGUGUCAUCCACUUAAGAACAAAGCUGUGACAACUAGUGUCAUCCACUUAAGAACAAAGCUGUGAGUUGUCACUUUUCAUGAGAACCUAGGUGCCCUGUAUUCACAUACGUACUCACAUCACAAUUGUUUUAGUUGGUUAAGGUAUAUACCAUGAAGUGCUAGUUGUGACUGAUGGUAAUUACUUCUUCUAUUACUGAAAUGUGGAUAUGCUUAUUUCUUCAUUUACCGAUAUGUGGAUAAGUUUGUAAACCAGUAUAAACUUCUUGUCGCUAGGAUGUAUGGAUAGCACACUGACUAUGCCCAGUGUGCUUUGAAUUUUUGUGUGUGUGAUCAUGGCACAAGCCAUGUCUAAAAUGUUUUAGCAUAUUUUGACAAAAAAGAAUUACAAUGUCAGUGUAUUGCUUAUUGUAUUAACACUGACAAAUUAUUUACUUAUAUAUCUGGAGUUCUGUACUAUGAAAUUGUUUUCCUAACCCUUAAAAAUUUUUAGAGGUUGUAAAAUUUGUUUGUGGCAAACCACAGUGAUAGGUUGUUGACAUAAUGUUUUUCUGUUUUUGCCCGCUGUGUGAAUUUAUUUUCCAUGGCAUAAAGCUGAUUCUGGUUUCAUUUUGAAAUGAUAUUUGUUUUAUUGUAGCAUGUUAAAAAAUGGAGAAUAGCAAAGUAAUAGCAUGUCGAGUUUGCCAAAAAUUUGUGGUGGAUGACUUCAUCGGAAUCUAAAGUGUUUGGGAGAGAACUGUAUUGUGAAAGGGCUAAUAUGUAUCAGAAGAAUUGACUCGGUCUUCUUAUGGGCAUCAGUACUGCAUGCUGUUGUUUAUACAUAAGUCGUAUUUUACCUGUACCAGGUGUGCAUAAGUUGGAUAUGUUUACUACUUUAGAUGAGCUUCAUUCAGAAUACCUUUAACACUGACUGUGAAGGCUCCUUGGGCUGUUGCUUUUGGUUCUCUCCCUUGAAAGUGCUUUCAAUUUCCCAAAGUAGCAAAUGACAAUUGUGAAUUGUGGUUACUCAACAAGGAAUGCGUAAGGCUUAAUUCUUCAGUCGAUAGACUUGUUCUCGGGUGGCAUAGCACCGCUGUAUGUAGUAUAGCAUAAGUGAAACUAGUGUAUGUAGAGACAGAAAAGUAUUUGCAAUUUUUGCAUUUCCAGAGUGUUUCCUUAUGUCAACAAAUAUUAGGUCUCCUUAAUAUUUCCUCUAUUUAACUUUAUGUUGGAUACUUUGUAAGCCCUUCAGUUUCAUGAGUGAAGAGUGUUUUUGCUAUAUAUUUUUCCAUGUAAUUACGAAACCGAUUUGGGUGGAAUGUUUUCACAAUUUAUCAGUAGUACUGUACAUAGUUUAUAUGUAUGUAAAAUUGAAGGAAUAUAGGCAAGCGUGAACCAUUUUAAAACUGAUCAAAGGUAUCUAUAUUUUGUAAAAUUCACAUAUGAACAUCAUAUGAUAUUGGGAAAAUUUUUGAAUCUUUAUACAGUAAAUAUGUUCUGUUGAAGCCAGUGUAUAUAUUUGUAUAUACCAUGGUUAUGUUUUUGUAAUAAAAGACUAAACCUGA